AUGGAUAUACCGCUUUCUUCCUCGGGACCAUUUACCCUUCGCCCGCUCUGGUUGGACCUCGCUGGAGCGAGCCUAUCAGAGGUUAAGGGGUUGUGGGUCUUUCUGCCGUACACUUCUCCAUUAUCGCUUAACGGCUCUCGCGUUUCAAAAUAUUCGCACUCGUUAUUUCCCCGCUCUCUGCUCCCCACCAUGUCGUCAACACAACGGCUUUCUUGUGCCGGUGAAGGCUCGACAGCAGGAUUAUCUCCGUCGUCGAACAUAUUUGUGGAUGAGAGUGCGGAAACGGUGUGCCGUUUGGUCUUGGGGAGGCCGGCGAAGAUUUAUACUCCGGAACGAAUACCGGCAGGGUUGGGCGUUUCUGCCACUAGCGUACCGAAGUGUCCUACAGACGUCUAUCCCCCCGGCAUGGUGCCCACUACGACGAAAGGGAACCUUUUUGUGGGGUCUUUGAAGCACGCACUAGACGAGAACCUUCUGCGGAAAUUCGAUGUGAAACUGGUGGUUACAGUCGCAUGGCCGUACGGGAGUUGGCCGCUUCAGCAGCGCACGCUUUAUUCUCGUCUUGGGAUCGGCCACAUCAACCACCCUCUCUUGGAUUCUCCGUCCCAGGCACUGGACUUUGCACGACUUUCGCUGGAACGUAUUCACUCGUACCUCUCCAAGGGAGCGACAGUGCUCGUUCAUUGUGAAAAGGGCAUCUCCCGGUCUGUCUCUCUCUGCAUAGCAUAUCUCAUCGUUUAUGAUGGGCACACAACAAGCUCCGCAUUGGAAGCAAUUCGUAAAUAUCGCCCCAUUGCACGGCCUAAUGCCGGCUUCCUUGUACAACUUCGGCGACUCGAAGACGCUCGCCAAAAGGUGGCAGCGUCUCACCAAACCAGCUCCGCUCCGUUGUCGAGGCGCCCCUCCUCAAGAGUCGACUGGCCUCAGUUUCACUGCUUCCCCAUCUUCCCCUUCCCCUGUCGGCCUGAAUGUUCCUGGGACGGAACCAAGGAGGAGCGUGUGGUGCUACUUCGUCAGGGAAAGAGAGGAAAUGUGUGGGAGAACGGAGAACGUACAGGGAGAGAGUGGACUAGGGGUGUAUAUGGAGUGAACGUCGAUGGUAGCAACGGGAGAGAAUGA